GUUUGACACAGAGACCAAGAGAAGCCCCUCAGAUGAACCUGAUAAAGGAUGAAGGGAGAAUCCCUCUGGAGAAGAAAUGAAGUCUCUGAAGGGAGAAGAGGAAAAGAAGAGCAAUAGUGCAACCGACUCUGCAUGGUGUCCAUUAGUUUCCAGGCGGAGGUUCCUGGAGGAGCAGCAGAGGAGGGAGGAAGCUGAGAGACAAGUUCAGAGGAAGCAACAGGAGCUGCAGAAGAAGACACAAGAGCUCCAGGGUGAGAGGACAAAGAAUACAAAGUUGGAGAAAGAAGUGAAGACCUUGAAGCAGAAGAAGACAAAACAGCUCCAGGAGGAGAAGAAGAGCAGAAUGGAGUUUGAGGAGAAGGUGAAGACCUUGGAGCAGGAGCUGCGGAGGAAGACACAAGAGCUCGGGGAGAAAACAGGCUGAAACCAUACGAGAGAUCCAACUGAGGUUCUGGGCCACGGAUCUGAGAAC